AUGUCAUCAACAGAGUCUGGAGAAAGUUGUUGGUCACCGGCUGCCAUGUGAUCCAUGCCCGAGCCCCAGCAGGAAUGUCAGCCGUCACUCGUGUCCUUCUUCUGAAUACACGACACCUCAUCCUCCUCUGCUCGGCACCGUCCAACGGAGACGCAACACGUCUUCUUCUUUCUUUCUUCCCCGGUGGUCGAGGUGGUCUUCACCUCCGUGUUAAACUCAGCCCGAGCCGCCUCCAGUUGUUGAUUAUCCGGGGAGCAGCAUGCGCUCCUUAGCGGGACUCGUUGCCAUCGCGGCGGCGGCAAGUGUUUACCUGUACCUGCUGUCCACUUAUCUUCCCCCGGGACCCAGGAAGGUCAAAGGGGAGUCCGAGGGAGUCCAGGAGUACCGGCUGAAGUUCCCGUCGGACCUGGAUGAGCUGCGAGAGCUCGCACACACGCUCAAGUUUUAUGAAAGAGAGCAUUAUGGCUAUGUUCUGCUGCUGUACUGCAGUGCCUACCUUUACAAACAGUCCUUUGCCAUACCUGGCUCCUCCUUACUGAACAUGUUAGCUGGAGCGAUAUUUGGGCCCUGGCUGGGUCUGGCUUUGGCCUGUGUGUGCUCCACUGCAGGCUCCACGUUAUGCUUCCUGCUCUCCUCUGCGUUUGGAAAGCACUACGUGGUUUAUCUGUUCCCAGAGACGGUGGCCGUGCUGCAGAGGAAGGUGGAGGAAAAUCAUAGCAGUUUAUUCUUCUUCCUACUUUUCCUUCGCUUCUUCCCUAUGACUCCUAAUUGGACCCUUAACAUCACCUGUCCCGUCCUCAACAUCCCUAUGUCUAUUUUCUUCUUCUCUGUGCUCAUAGGUUUGAUUCCCUACAACUUCAUCUGCGUUCGCACGGGCUCCAUACUCUCCAAGAUCUCCUCUCUGGACGACAUCUUCUCCUGGAGUACGCUGGCUCAGCUCCUGGCCAUCGCCCUCAUGGCUCUUGUUCCUGGAGCACUGAUCAAACACUGCAGUAAAGAUUGUCUCAAGGUGGACGGCCUGGACAGCAAUGGAACGAGUCAAGCUGAAAUCAAGAAUGCCCGGAAGAGACAGUGAUUCUGGGACAAAGGAGGACUGUAGAGCAUCUUGGUAGCAGGUGUGUCACAUCUACUCCACGCCUGAGGCUCAUCAUUCAUUAAGCAGCAAUAGCAUGGUCUGUACCACAAGUGUAGAAAGAUCUUCAGGUCUUGUUGCCAAACUUUAAAGGUACAGUGUUUCAAAUAUAACAUUAUUUUAUUGGUGAAUAAAAAACCCAGCUCACGAUCCGUAUUAGUGGGUGAACAAUCCGGCGCUCGGUGAAUUCUGCUUCACAACGAGAGGAAGAGCCGACAUCGAAGGAUCAAAAUGCUUUUGAACGCUUGUGUCGCCACAAGCCAGUUAUCACUGAGGUAACUUUUCUGACACCUCCUGCUUAAAAAACAAAAAGUCAGAAGGAUCGGUGCAUGUUGCAGCUGAAUAUCCUCACAUUUCCUUUCCAAGUGUCUUGGAGAAUCUAUGUAGCCUUCAGUUAGCAUCAAAACUCCAAAGAUUGUGAAACAACAAGCGGUGGUAUAAAUAUAAAAGGCUCAUUGGACCUUUAAGGUUACCAGUGAUCUCUCACUGCUCAGACGUUUAAGUUUCAGGGGCGGCUGAGAAGGCAAGAUUUAUAUAUUCAUGUAUUAUAAAAUAAAAGUCUUAAAAGUUACAGCUGUUUAGUGUUGCUCUUGACAGAGCUCAGUAGUUCAUAUGAUGGAGAGUUGUGUUAAAGUUAAUGUUAGUACAGAUUCAAAUGAAUGAGUAUCAUUUUAUUGAAUUAAAAAAUGCUUAAACGCACACUAUAUCUCGGUGUCUCUGAGUCAAAACAACGACAAGAGACCUACUUUGUUGACCUUGGGAAGCAGAAUGGGAUCAUGGGAAUUGUUUGGUUCACAUUGGGCUCCCUUUUGCGUUUGCACAGGAAUGAGUAGUUGUGAUUGCAUUAGUGAUGACGUCACCAAAAUCAAACAGUCCUUAUUCUAUCUUGAAUAGAAAAAUGAAUUUCAGUGGAUUUAAAAACAGAAAUGCUACAUAUUAUAUCUUCAAGACACACAAGAAUGAACCCUAUACAUGACCAUUAUUAAACCUUUAUAGUUUAGUGUGUGAUAGUGGCAUAUUCUGAUCUGUGGUACACUGGCUUGUUUGUUCACAUUGGAUAUCCACACGUGCAUUUGCAGCUGCAUGUUAUGUAUUUGUUGAUUGUUACACACUGCUGUGUAUUAUGAAGACCAGACUAGCUAGAUGAUAAGUUUUACUUUUUUGCAUAAUAUUUACUCAAUACCUCCUGCAGCCAUACAGUUUCUUCACAGAGACUUCUGUGGAAAACUGUUGUGUUUUGUGCGUUUGUCUUUUCCCAAAGCACUUACUUAUGUGUCUUAAUGGAGCUGUGAUUGCAUUCACAGCAGAUUGUUUACAGUUGCUCUGCGAAAGGACAGUUGUGAUCGUCUCAUGAUUGAGUUUCUGCGGCACAGGAAGAGUCUUAAAAGCCAAACCUGUAUCAGACUGGCAACAUAAUUACUCACAGAUAGAACACAUCUGUUUAAUCACUUUAAUCAGACUCAUUUUUUCCCAUGCAUUAUCCAUUUGUCAUAAAUAUUCAGUUUGAAUAAAAGUUGUAUUUCCCUCAUCACACUUUGAUACCAUCUCUUUCCUACAGUCAUGAGAAGAUCACAUCUGCUGCUGUGAAUAUAAGACUUAACAGGUGAUGCACUUUGUGUCUGCUGCUAUCAGUGCAACCUAUUAACUGUUACUUAACUUACAAGAUUUUUGUCUGUUUUUUUUCAUUUAGAAAAAAGUCUUAAUUGUUGCGUCUUAACACAAAAACACAACCAAAAAGGGACAGUGAAAUCCUGCAACGUAUCGGAAUCGUUUACUGUCAUUAUCAACCUGAUCUUGUGAUGGCCUUUUGUAAAAUGUACAGUAUGUGUUGAAUUUUUGUUUAAAUUCAGGAUUUGCUGUCACAUUGCUCUGUGAGCUUGGUGCUUCCACUGUUUUGUAAAUCUGAAAAAAACAACCCAAGUGCCAGAUAUACGGUCUCUCUGACAGCAGCUUUAAUGAGCACUUUUGCAGUGACAAAAGCUCCAAAACUGUUCCCUUUGCUUACAAAUGUAGGGAGACAUGCAGCAGUCAGCAUAGGGACCUAUGGUGCAGGCCAUAUUUAAAGUGGUUAUACUUAUUCCUCAGGCUCAGUUGCUGAACGUUGUGUGAGCAGCUUGAACUGUAUUUGUCCUUGUUGCGUUUGCUUUAUGUAGAACUCAGGACUCCACUGUUCCCGUUUUCAUAAGCUUGCUUAGGGGAGACAGAAUUUGAAAAAAAAGAAGCUUUAAUGUAAUAUGCUGUGUAUAAUGCAGGUAUUUUGUAGACAACAUAAAAAUGUUCAUGAUUCGAGUUAUUUUUCUAUGACAUAAUUCAAUGUUAAAUACACUGUCAGAAACAGUAACCAGUGGUGAAAUAAAGUGAAAUGUAGAAGUUUG